CUCACUAGCUAGAAUUCAAUCAAAUUUCUUUUCACACGAAGACGUGUAUACCAUUCAUUCAUUAAGCUUUGGGAUAUCUUUAAAUAUCAAUCCCACAGUUGUACAUCUACCACCACACACCCUAAACCAAAACCAAGAUGGGUAACACAGCGUUCGUGCGGUGUUCUUUGAUCUUAAUUAUCUUUGCCUUCAUCUUCAGCUUUGGUUCUUCAAAGGCUCAAAUGGUUCCAGCAGUUUACGUGUUUGGAGACUCACUUGUAGAUGUGGGCAACAACAAUUACUUGAUUCUUUCCAUUGCAAAGGCAAAUCAUCCUUACUAUGGCAUUGAUUUUCCUACCCACAAACCAACUGGGAGAUUUACCAACGGCAAGAAUGCCGCGGAUUUUAUAGCUGAGAAAUUGGGUUUGGCAACUUCGCCACCUUACCUCUCCUUAGUAUCAAAGGCCAACAAAAACAACGCAUCCUUCAUGGAUGGUGUUAGCUUUGCCUCUGCAGGUGCUGGAAUAUUUGAUGGUACAGACGAACGAUAUAAACAAUCAAUACCAUUGACAAAACAAGUGGACUACUAUUCAAUUGUGCAUGAAGAAAUGGCACGAGAAGUAGGAGGAGCUUCUCUGCAGAAGCAUUUGUCAAAAUCAAUUUUUGUUGUGGUGAUUGGAAGCAACGAUCUCUUUGGAUACUUUGAUUCAUCGGAUCUUCGUAAGAAAAACACCCCACAGCAAUACGUGGAUUCCAUGGCUUUCUCACUAAAAGUGCAACUACAGCGCUUAUACGAUCACGGUGCUCGUAAAUUUGAGAUUGCAGGCGUUGGGGCACUUGGAUGCUGCCCUGCAUUCAGGGUGAAGAACAAAACGGAAUGUGUUGUAGAAGCUAAUUACUGGUCGGUUAAAUAUAAUGAAGGCCUUCAAUCCAUGUUGAAGGAAUGGCAAUCUGAGAAUGGAGGCAUAAUCUACUCCUACUUUGACACUUACGCUGCCAUGAACGACCUCAUUCGAAGUCCAGCUUCCUAUGGAUUUACAGAUGUGAAAGAUGCUUGUUGUGGAUUGGGCGAGUUGAAUGCCAGGGCUCCCUGUCUGAUAGUGUCAAACCUUUGUCCUAAUAGACAGGGACACAUCUUCUGGGAUCAAUACCAUCCUACGGAGGCAGCGUAUCGUAUAUUUGCAGAUAGAAUUUUCGAUGGUCCUUCAAGUUACACGUCUCCCAUUAGUAUGAGACAGCUAAUAGCUGCCUGAAGUUGGCGAUUACUUUGUCCCUUCCAAUGACAUUUUUUAUAAUCUAAAUCGUUAUUAUCAAACGCAAAUUGUGGUUGCGUUUACAAUAAGAAUAAAAAAUAGAACUACAUCCAUUGCAUAAUAGAAUUCCCAAAGUAGGCCUCAUUUGGAAUGAUCACUGGUUAGCCACGUAUUAUUUGACUUAAAAGUGGAUGAUAUUGAGAGCGGCGUAGCAUG